GUUUUUGUUUCUCGCCGGGCACCAUUCAUGUGUGCACCAUCCCCGGAACCACAGCUGUGUGCAUGCAGCGUUGCAGCCCGGACGCGUUGACCAUGUUUUACUGGGUGAAGAGCGGCGGCUCGGGGACCGUCCACGGCCUCGGGGACAGUGUCCACGGCCUCGGGGACAGUGUCCACGGCCUCGGGGACAUCUCCAAAGCCGAGAUACUCCGAGGGAUCGUCACCGAGAAGCUGACGACAGCCGCGCAGGAAAUCUUAGCGGUGGUCGAGAGAACCGUGGCCGGAUAUGAGGAGGAGGCGGCGGGCUUCAGGCGGGAGAUCGCCCGGCAGAGGAGGCAGCUGGAGCGGCUGCUGCAGCCGAGGGUGAAGCUGGAGAGAACUCUGGUCCCGGGUCUUGAAGGCCACGAGGUUGUUGUGAGUGAGGAGCAGCACUCAGGUGUGGAGGACACCGGGAGCCUGGGCCUCCUGUGGUAUGAAGACGACGGUGAUGAUGAAGGUGGAGAUGAAGAGCAGCCGUCAGACCUGAAGGACCCUGAUUAUCAAAUAACGUCCAGGUUCAUUUCCCCCAGAGGUCGGUCUGACAGGAGAAGGCCAGGCAGACCUGGGAUCAGUGAUACACAGAACCAUGUGGAUCUGAGGAUCUGCAUCCUGGAGGACCAUCACACCAACGUGCUCUCCAACAGAGUGUUUCAGAAAAGUCCAGUGCAGGACCUGAGAUGUUCUCGUGGCCUGACAGAGGAGGACUUCCUGGACCUGCUGAGGUCCACCUUCCCUCAGCUUGUUGCUGAGGAACCUCUAGGCUUCUUCACGACUGACAGAACGAAGAGACUGCAGCCUCUGAGAGCGAAGACGCUGACACCUGAGGAGAUCGACAGGUGCAUCAGGCUGACCGGAGCAGGAAACUCUGCCCUCUACAUCCGACUGAAGACAGCAGAGGAUCCUCAGAGCAGCGGUGAAGACCUCCGUCCUCUUCAGGAUUCUCCAUCCAGCUCUGCCGCCACGUCAGCUGAUCAAAGCCAAACGUACGCCAGAUUAUCGUCUCCCAGGAGGAGGCGUGGCCGACCUCGCCUCGGCGAAGAACCAUCUCACCACUUCCUCAAAGUCUGCAUGCUGGAAGAUUCCCGGAGCGACGUGCUCCCAAAAAAUGUGUUACUUAAGUCCUCGAUACAGGACCUGAGGUGUCCUCGAGGCCUGCAGGAGGCAGACUUCCUGGACCUGCUGAGGUCCACCUUCCCUCAGCUGGCAGGAGACAACAAACCUUUUAACAUCUUCAAGUCGGACAGGAGCAGGAAGCUACAGCGGCUCAAAGUGAAGACGCUGACGCCUGAAGAGAUCUACAGGAGCAUGAAGUCCACCGGGGUCGCAAAGACGCUCCUCUACAUCCGACUGAAGACAGAAGAUGAAGAGGAGGAGGAGCUGGACCUUUUACAGCAGAACGAUGAGGCUGCUGUGGUGGUGAAAAGUGAUGAAGUCCAGCUCAGCUCCAGCAGCCUCGUUCAGUCAGCAGAGGAAGCUGAUGAAGAAGAAGAAUCUGUCGGAGACGGCGACUGGAAGCCGGAUCCUGAGCUGCAGUCCUCAAAGAUGAGGAGGAAGCGAGGAGCCAAGGCGUCCGGCGUGGAGGGGGCGUUGAUUGAGAGCAGUAAAACGCCGUGUAAAGUGUGCGGGGUUUGGUACCGGGUCCUGGGCAGCCUGAUCAAACACGCCUGGAGUCACGUGGCCGAAGCGCAGAGCGUUUGUGGAGUGUGCGGCGAGCGCUUUGAAUCUGUGGAAGAGUUAAAGGCUCAUCUUAGAAACUAUCAGAAAACCCACGACUGUUCAUACUGUGGGAAGUCUUUCCUCACCGUCACUGGCCUCAACUGUCACACCACGCUGCACACGGGAGACAGACCGUUUAAAUGUGACGUGUGCAACAAGAGCUUUGCUCACAUGUCCGGAUUGAGCGUUCACCGCUGGGUCCACGUGGCGGAUAAACCGCACAAGUGCGAUAGUUGUCCGAAGGCGUUCGGUCUAAAAGCGCAGCUCAGAGCUCACAGGAAGGUGCACACGGGUCGAGACAAGUACCACUGCAACGUCUGCGGCAAGUCUUUCUACGACCUGCGAUCUUUAACGCGCCACAAGGCGACUCACUCGGGGGAGCGGCGUUACGGCUGCGAGGUUUGUGGGAAACGCUUCAAACUUCCCGGCACGUUGAAGUCGCACGAGAAGAUCCACACGUCCAGAGAGCGUCCGUACCUGUGCCACAUCUGCUGCAAGACGUUCAUCUCCAACUGUGGCUUGACCGCUCACAUGAAAACGCACAGCAACGAGAGGCCGUUCAUCUGCGGCGUGUGCAGCAAAGGCUUCAUUUCCAACGGCGAGCUGAAGACGCACAUGCGCGUGCACACCGGCGAGGCGCCGUACGGCUGCUCGGAGUGUGGACGCUUUUUUAAACGCAAGACUCAUCUGACCAAUCACAUGAGGAGCCACCUGGGCAUCAAGCUGUUCGUUUGCGGGGUUUGUGGGAAGGCGUGCUCUCGCCAAGAACACCUGACGGUCCACAUGAGGACCCACAACGGAGAGAGACCGUACCAGUGCAGCGUCUGUGACAAAGCCUUUACUCAGGGCCACUGUCUGAAAACACACAUGAGGAGCCACCAGGGGGAAGACGAGCCGCUCCUGAACGCACCCACGUCCUGAAAGACGCUUCGCCCACGCGCUCUGAUGCCGCUGAAGAAAACAUCUACGACUGACACGUGUCCGCGACAUCAAACGUCUGCUCAGAUCUGUCAAUCUGUCUCUGAUAUCACAAACUAAAGGAAACAGUGCUUAAAGGUCCAGUGUGUCGGAUUUAGUGACACCCAGUGGAAUUAUUGUGGGUUACACCCCCCCCGCUUACUUCCUGUCCACUGUCAGCCAGAACACAUGGCGGCCAGAACACAUGACGGCCAGAACACAUGGCGGCCAGAACACAUGGCGGCCAGAACACAUGGCGGCCAGAACACAUGGCGGCCAGAACACAUGGCGGCCAGAACACAUGGCGGCCAGAACACAUGGCGGCCCGCCCGCUGCGAUCAAGCCGGACUGACGGAGAAACUACGAUGUUCAGGUGAUUAAACACGAAUGACAGACAUACAGACUGUUAGACAUGUCUGUAUACAGACAUAUAUAUAGACUUAUAUACAGACUUAUAUACAGACUUAUAUAGAGACAUAUAUACAGACUUAUAUAUAGACUUAUAUAGACAUAUAUAGACUUAUAUACAGACUUAUA